UCGUAGCCCCUAACUUCUUGCUCUUCGGCUUUCGCGAUUUUGUGUACUGAAAGGAUGUCUGGUCGCGGGAAAGGCGGCAAAGGGUUGGGAAAAGGAGGCGCCAAGCGCCACCGGAAGGUCUUACGGGACAACAUCCAGGGUAUUACGAAGCCCGCCAUCCGCCGGCUGGCCCGCCGAGGGGGUGUCAAGCGCAUUUCGGGACUCAUCUAUGAGGAGACCCGGGGAGUGCUUAAAGUAUUUCUGGAGAACGUGAUCCGCGAUGCAGUGACUUACACGGAGCACGCCAAGCGCAAGACAGUCACCGCGAUGGACGUGGUGUACGCGUUGAAACGCCAGGGCCGCACGUUGUAUGGCUUCGGUGGCUGAGCAGUCCCGGCGGCUUAUCUCCACAUUUCUAAAGGCCCUUUUAAGGGCCCCCAGGACGUCAAGAAAAGAGCGAACACUUUGCAUUUACUGUGUGAAUGUGGAAUCUAGACGCAGAUCGGUGCAUUGGAUGAAAUGCACCAGCCCGGUGCCCUGAAAGUACCUGUCCCGGAGGGUAGCUGCGGGUUGCAGGCGGCGGGCUUUGGGCUUCCGGAGGGAGGUGUGGGCGGUUAGUGCUUGCAGUAGGGGCCCAGCGCCGCUCGCAUAGGAUGUAGUUUGGGGAGUGCGGUACCGGGUGGAGACCUCGUUCUAUGGUACACAUACACACUGGGCUCCUGAGGUGACUUCGGGUUCCAUUUGAGGGAAGAAUGCAUCUCCACUGCAGAAAAACCACGUUUUAGAUGUGGCGGUUGGCUUGUAAGCGGCCGAGGCCUCUGUCCCUGAGCCUAUAUGCAGGAUGCUAUGCAAAUUAGGGCUAGUUGGUGCUGCCUCCGAUUGGGUCUGGGGACCACGCGUCAGAGGGGACGGGUCCUCGUCUGUGCGGCACGGUUGCCUGGCCCCUGAGAACGCGGAAGUACAGAUAGCGCGGAAAGUGCUAAGUGCGGUUCUAGUGUGGCACGCAGUAGUGCCGCCUUCUGUGAAUAUUUUUUUUGCUGACGUUUGAGUAGGAGGUGACCCAGUGCCGACGCUGAAUAAAGGCGGCCAAGCGCGGGCGAAGUCGAAGGCGGGGCCAAGGCUCGCGGCCUCGGCCAGUGACCAGCUGCAGUUAGCGGCAUGGAGCGGAGAAGGAGAGAGAGAGGAUCCUAAGCAGGCUCUGCACUGUCAACACAGAGCCUGAUGUGGGGCUCGAACCCACAAACCGCGAGAUCUUGGCUUGAGCCGAAAUCAGGUGUUGGACACUCAUCCAUCUGAGCCACCCAGGUGACCCUGUAUCAUGUGAUUCAGUCCUAUCAAAAUGGAAGCCAGCCACUCAGUCCAGCACCACAAAUCUUUGGGAACCCAAGAAAGCAGUGGAUGGCUCUCCAGCAAGUAACUUUGACAAGGGCUCCUAUAUUCAAAUGUGACUGGAGGCUGACCCCUGAUAUGCCAUCAUUGAGUCUGUAGAACCUGGAAAAUUAGAAUCUGUUAGAUGUGGGAGAAUGAGAGGAAGAUAGGUGAUUGUCAACACUCCAGACCCCAAAAGAGACUGAACCUUGGUGGAUCAUGGAUCUGGGUACCCCUUGGGCUGUGGCCACUGUGUCAUCCACCAACUGAGAAGAAUGGGUCAUGAAGAGAGAAAAGGAGCUGUUGUUCGGCCUGGACACUCACCUGCUUACAGAGGCAAAACAAAUUC